AUGGCUUGUGCACGACUGGGUGCAAAGCCCCAUGAGGACUUCAUGGCAGCUAGAGGUGUGGGAGACUGCUCUGAGUCACCAUCGGAGCCGCAGAGGGGCCGGGCCGGGUGGGUGGGGGUCGCUAAAGGCCGGGUGGAGGCUUUUAAGGCACGGAACUGCCCGUGCCGUUACACCGCCCGCAGACCUCGGCCCGCAUGGAGCUCGCCAGCCUCCCCUCGGCCAGCCUGGCCCCCAGCCCCGGACCCGCCGGUGAGCCGCGCCGGGCGGGCAGGAGCCGGGGGUCUUGGGGGCCGUGGUGGCGGUGGCUGUAUUGGUGGCGGUGUUGGUGGUGGCGGUGUUGGUGGUAGCUGUGUUGGUGGCGGUGUUGGUGGUGGCGGUGUUGGUGGCGGCCUUGGGGCAGGAGCACGCUGCCGGGUCCCGCUGACCGCCGCUGCCCGUUCUCUCCCCGCAGGCGAGCCCCGGGCGCGCCCCGCCGGCCCCAGCUCGGGGCGGGAGGGCGGCCGGCGCAAGAGAACCACCUUCAGCAAGGGGCAGCUGGAGCUGCUGGUCCGCGCCUUCGAGAAGGAGCCGUACCCCGGCAUCGCCCUGCGGGAGCAGCUCUCCAGCCUCACCAACAUCCCCGAGUCCCGCAUCCAGGUGUGGUUCCAGAACCGGAGAGCCCGGCAGCUAAACCACAAGAAGUGCGAGGCCGCCGCCUACGCCAGGCCGAGCAAGCCGAAGCCGCCCCGGUGCGCUGGCCAGGAGCUCCCCCGGGCGCAGCAGGGCCCGGGGACGGAGCGGAGCCUCCUCUGCCCGCAGCCCGGCCUGCCAGGAGGGAGCCAGAGCUUCGGUGGUCAGCCGCCGUUCUACUCGGGGCAGCUGUACUCAAGGCUCGACAUGCAUUUCAGGAGCUUGGAUAACACUUUUGGAGCGCUGGGUCAGAGCCCAGCUGACUUCGGUUUGGACUGUUCGGGAAGAGGGCUCCCAUCAGGUGCGGGAAGCGUGGGGAGUGCCCCUCCGUUCUCGCUCCCUGUGCAGCAGGCACAGGAGUAUCCGCACCUGAAGAAAUCCUUUCCUGAAGGCUGCUACUCAGAUGCAGAUGUUUUCCAGCCUUGUACAGAUCACCAGUACCCAGCGGCUAAGGAGAACACGUACAGGAAGCCUGUCUUAAACUACUGCAGUGCUAACCAGGGCCUGGGUGUUGAGAACUGUUUGUAUGCCAAGUCAAGCACUUCUCCCUUUGGGAAGGGCUCCACUUUCAGUUUUGAUGGGGGGGAACCUAAGCCUGAGCCCGAGCAGAUGAGGCACAGUUCACCUCUGCUUGCAGCUAGUAAUGGCAGUCCUCCUUUGGUACUUCCAAAGCAUGAAGGGGGGUAUCAAAAUGCACUUGCCACUCCAGCCCCAUUGUAUGAGCAGCAGCUGCUGGAGUCAGUAAAUGACUAUGACUCUCACUGGCUGGGCAUGAGAAAUGAAAUUUUGGGAAUAGGGUUAGAUUUGCUGUUGGAGAAUGAGCAAAAUGUGGAGCAAGGUCAGACAAAAAGUUACCUUUCUGCUUUUGGUGGCCAGAAUUCAGUCUGUCAUUUGGGUCAGACAUGAAACUGGCAGUGGGUCCACUUGCCUGGUGGAAAAUGAAUGUGAUUUUUUUUUUUCUCAGUUGCCAGUGUUGUCUGAAGUGGCUAGAGGUUUUGCAGGUCUAGGUGCAGAGUGCUUGCUCUGAGUUUCGUGCCCUGUAUGGAAGGGAACGAAAGAUAAGCCAUGUUAGGAAGGGCUACCUGCUGCAUCUGAGCUGCCUCCCCAGCCCAAGCCAUCCUGCACCAGCCCCUUGCAGCAUUCCUGCAUGGUUGUGGGCAGCCUAACAUUAACCUGUGUGCAUCGGCUGAUCUGCACAAGUGUGCCAGCACUGGAGAGUGCUGUGUGUUCAGACUGUGCUGGGUUAAUUCUGCCAGGAGGCUUAGCACUAGGGUGGUGUUUUUGUGGCAUUACUCUACUGAGUUUUGUUUCUAUUCCGGUCUUUAUUCACUUAUUUUAACUUAAGGAAUCCUAGAUGACAGACUUAUUUAUAGCUUUUAGUUGAGCAAGCAUUAACACAAGAGGGGUACAAGCAUGGGGAAAGCAGCCUUGGUGGUGGCAGGGGACAUCUCACUGGGUGUGUUUGCAUUUUAGGUAUGUUCCUCAUAAAGAACACUAAUGGUCUUUUCCUGGGUACUUAAUAUAUAGUGUUUUCAUUUAAAAAUGACCACAGUCUUUUAAAAGGCAAUAUUUUUGUGAUUUUAUUUUGUGUAAUUUGUUUGCAAAUUGUCUUUUUUUUU